AUGCGCCGGCCCAGAGGCGCGGUGAGGGGGCGGGGCCAUUCCGCUAGGGAAGCAGAGGCCGCUGAGGCGGGCUGUACCAUUUUGAGGAGGGAGAGGCCGCUGGGUCCGGACCAUUCUGCCAGGAAGAGGGGGAGCCAUGAAAGACCGUCUCUUCGAGUCUGGACGCUUCCUUGUGAAACCCCCCCACCGCGACUCCUCUCCAUGCACCGAGAAAUGCGGGCAAAGCCCGGGCGCCCCCUCCUCGCUUCCGCUGGAGAGGCCCGUGGCCCGUUGCUGUUUCGCCGCCCUCUCCCCCUCCGCCGUUUUCAUGGAUCUGUCCAACGGGUGGUGAAGGCGGGGGCCGCCCCCGGAAGUGGGAGCAGUGUCCUUCCGGGUCGGGAGCGCGCUGGCGGCGACAGCGACGGCGACGGCGACGGCGGGGAUCCGGGUGGCCGCCUCUCGGGCCUAGUUCGGGAGCGAGAGCGGGGCCGGAGCCGGAGCGGGGCUGAGCGGGAGCCGGAGCCGCGGAGGAGCCGGAGCCGGGGCAGAGCGGAGCAGGAGCAGCGCCGUGGUCGGGCCGCCCCCCAUGUCCAGCCAUGGAGGAGGACAGCCAGGACGAGGCCGGCGGAGCGGGGGGCCGAGCGGGGCCGAGUCCCGGCGGAGGGAGCCCCGUGUCCUCCAGAUGAGAGCAGCGACAACGCGGGGCCCAGCUGGGACUCGGAGGGAGACUCUGGCAGCGAGGAGGAGGAGGAGGAGGAGGACGACGGAGACGAAGGCUCGGACUGGGACAGCUCCGAGGACGGCGCCUCUGCGGAGGAGGAGGAGCCCCCCGAGGCCCGGCCCGACCCCUCGGCGGGGGGGCUCCCGAGCUCAGACGAGGAGGCUGAGAGCUGCCCCAUCUGCCUCAAUGCCUUCCGGGGCCAGGCCGUGGGCACCCCCGAGAGCUGCGCCCACUACUUCUGCCUCGACUGCAUCGUGGAGUGGUCCAAGAACGCCAACUCCUGCCCCGUGGACCGGAUCCUCUUCAAGUGGAUUUGCAUCCGAGCCCGGUUUGGAGGCAAAGUCUUGAAAAAGAUUCCUGUGGAGGGCCAGAAGGCGGCCGAGGAGGAGGAGGACCCGACCUUCUGCGAGGUGUGCGGCCGCAGCGACCGCGAGGACCGGCUGCUGCUGUGCGAUGGCUGUGACGCCGGUUACCACAUGGAGUGUCUGAACCCCUCUCUGAGCGAGGUGCCCAUCGACGAAUGGUUUUGUCCCGAGUGCGUGGCCACGGCUGCCCCCGCGGCGCCCCCCGCUGCUGCCACCGACGUGGAGCCUGUGAGCGAGGAGGAGGUGGCUUUGCUCCUGGUCGAUGUGGUCCCUACCACCAGCCGGCUACGCCCCAGCGCCGGCCGGACGCGGGCUAUUGCCAGGACUCGCCAAAGUGAGAGGGUGAGAGCCACCGUGAACCGCAACCGGAUCACCACGGCCCAGAGGAUUCAGCGGGUGCCCAGGUACCUCAUGUCGUCCCUCCUGGACGAAACCAUUGAAGCCGUGGCCUCUGGACUGAGCACCGCCGUGUACCACCGGCCUCUCGCUCCCCGGACUCCAGUCAGAAGGAAGAGAAAAGCAGGGAGAAGGAAGAAAGCAGCUGGAAGAAAGAGAGCGCCGUCCAAGUUGUCUGUGAGGAGCAAGGCUUCGGGGACACGGUCCAAGCGGCGCAAGUCCCGAGUGAAGAAAAGGAAGGGGCAGAGGAACCGGGUCAAAACUGACAUCACAGCGCGUUCUCGCCUCGCCAGGACCCUGGGCCUUGGGAAACCACUGCGCGGAGCCUCCAUACCUUCUGUGUAUAAGCCUGUCGAGCCCUCGCUGGGCUUCAUGCGAGCAGACAUUGGAGCGGCCUCCUUGUCUCUCUUUGGAGACCCCUACGAGCUGGACUCCUAUGAUAGUGGCGAAGAGCUCCCGGCAAACCGAGCGUCUCCCCUGAGCACCAAGAGGCGGAUUCUUUCGCAGUCAGCUCUCCGAUCUCAUCAGCCCGUGGCGAGACCCGUUCCUGUGGGACUUUCCAGGAGGAGCGUUCCUGCUUCGGUUCCUGAACAAGAUGUGGAGGUGGCUCCCGUCCCGGACCUCUUGGGGAGCAUCCUGUCUGGGCAGAAUCUCUUAAUGAUGAGCGGCUCUGACGUGGUCAUCAAUCGGGACGGUUCUCUCACGGCCCGCAAGGCAGCCCCGAUUUCCUUGCAGAGAAGCUCAGCUGCUAAGAACCGGGAAGAUGGAGAGACCAGGAGCAGGGCUGGUGUCCAGCCCAGGACCUUGCAGUCAGGGACCUCCGUGGCGCGCCUCAGUUCAGAUGUCUCUGAGCAUUUGGGCUCAAACCCAUCUGGGGGGCCCACCGUCGGCGUGCUCUCUCCUUCCUCCUCUUCCUGCCUUAGGGGGUCAGAGAAGUCUGUGACCCUUUCCCCGAGCGAGCCCAGAAGGGCAACUGUGAAAUUAGAAUAUUCAAUGACCCCUCGCCCAGUUCAGACGCAGAACUUGGCAAAUAGGAACAGGCUGGGUUUGAAACCCAACGGAAUGCCCCCGCUUCAUGGAGACAACAAGCGUCCUGUGGCAGUGACGUCUGAGUCCCCUAAGGCUUUGAGUAGGACGGCAAUAGGACAGCCCCUCCCGGCAGCUCCCCGCAGGAUCGACAUCUCUGAGCUUCCCAGAAUACCAAAGAUGAGACGAGAAGGCCGCACUGGCAGUGACGGGCACAUGGAUGCCAUGCCCACCGGUACCCCCAGCGCAGACAUCCCCAGCUCCUGCAUCAACCGGCUGACUGGGCGGGAGGGUAGUGGCCAGCCUGCCCGAGGGGGUCGUGGGGAGAGCAAGCCGGGCGGCCGUGAUUCCCAGGAGCCUAAGACACAUUCAGGCGGCGGCGGCGGUGGUGGCGGUUCCUGCGCCAGUGCUAGUGGUCCAGGCUCCCACAGCAGCCUGGCUGCUUUCGGGCCGUCCCGAGGCAAGGGUCUGGGCUCCUCAUUUGAGAGCUUUCGAAUUAACAUCCCAGGAAACACGGCCCAUGCCAGCCGACUCCCGAACCCUGGCUUCUGUAACACUUUCCGGCCAGUUGACAAUAAAGUCCAGCGUAAGGAGAACCCUUCACCCCUCUUCUCCAUCAAGAAAAGCAAGCAGAUUAAAAGCGAGAUCUACGACCCCUUUGACCCCACGGGGUCCGACUCUAGCUCCCCUGGCAGCAGCCCCGAAAGGCUUGGUGCAGGGCUCCUGCCCUCCGAGAUCACCCGCACUAUCUCCGUGGACAGCCCAAAGGUGCCGACCUUCCAGACCGUCCGCUGCGUGACCUCAUACACAGUUGAGAAUAUCUUUGGCUCAAGUUCUGACCCGUCCGAUGGACCAUCCUCGAGCCAUCCCGAGCGGGUCACCACGGGCGCCUCUGAUCUGGAGAAGAUGGAGGAGGAGGAGGAGGCUGGGAGGAGUCCCUGCGCCUCCACCACGGUCCGGCGACGACUGUCAGAGCGGGAGUCCCUGGAGGCCGAUGGGCGUGAGCGGCGCAGCACCUUCUUUGAUGCAGAGGAGCGGACUGUGACAUGUGUGACCAUUGAGCCGGCCUCGCCCGAGGAGGAGGAGGAGGAGGAGGAGGUGGACAGACCAGCCGCCACCACCCAUAGGAUCGUGGAGAUUCACUCCCCCUCCCGGUCACGGUCCAACUCAAGUUCGCGCAGCCGCAAGAAAGCUAAGCGGAAAAAAGCCUCUGGCAAAGAGCACAAGAAGACGCGGUCCCGCUCUCGCUCACGGUCUCACUCCCAGGAGAGAAGUUCACGCUCUACCUCCUGGUCCGUGGAAGAAGACUAUGCCAAAAAGCACCGGGUCAAGGCCAAGCUGCGGCGGUCGUCCAGCGAUCGCUCCAGCAGCCACGACAGAGCCAAGAAGAAGAGAGCCAAGGAGAAGAGCAAGGAGAAGAGGAAGGGGCCCUGGUCCCGGGACCGCAGGAAGUCGCGCUCACGCUCCGGUAGCCCCGGCAGUUCCUCGUACGAAGUCUGCGAGAGCCGCAAAAAGAGGAGGCGGCGGUCGGGCUCGCGGGCCCGGGGCCGAGAGGGCUCGCGGUCCAGCAGCACCGACCGAGCGCGCAGGCACAAGCACCGCAGGCAAAAGAGCUUCGAGCGCUACGAGAAGAAGGAGCGGAGCUCUCGGCCCCGGGACCGCCGGAGCUCCCGCUCGCGGUCCAGGGAGAGGAGGAAAUGGAGGUCCCGCUCGCCUUCCACCUCCAGGUCCCAUGAGCACAAGAGGGGCAGGUCCAGAGAGAAGCGACCCCGCUCACGCUCACGCUCCCGGGACAAGAAGCAGCCUGAGAAAGACGCGUCUCCCCCGGCCCCACAGGAGGAGCCCAAGGCACCACCCCCCAGCCAGGCCCCUCCCAGCCCUGUGGAUCCCCCACAGGACCCCCAGGCUGCAGAAGAGACGCUGCCCACGGCCCCAGGCCUACCCGAGGCACCCGUGGUGGUCACUGCGGACGACCUCGACUAUGGGGAGACCGUGGAGGCGGAGCACGUGUUUGAUGACUUCUCCAGUGACGCCGUCUUCAUUCAGUUAGAUGACAUGAGCUCCCCCCCUUCCCCGGAGAGCACAGACUCAUCCCCAGAGAGGGCCCUCCUGCUGCCCCCGGCUCUGCCUGUGGCCAGUGCUCAGUGCAGUGUGAGCCUGGGGGCUGCUGCCAGCGCUAAGUCAGAGACCCCCCUGGAGCCUCCAGCUCCCUCGGAGGGCCCCCCUGGCGAGGCCCCGCCCUCCCAGGGUGCCCCGGAGAACCAGGUGGGGGAGGGCCCUGUGGUCGGAGAGGAGAUCAGUGAGGCCGUCGAGUCUGAAAUGGAAGUCAUUUCCCAAAUCCCCUUGCUGAAAUCUAAAACUUUGGUGAAGAGGGUGACUUGGAACCUCCAGGAGGAAGAGGACAGCAUGGCGGGCCCUGAGCCCGGGCCAAGUAAGGACAGGGGCAGGGGGGUGGGCUGGGCACGGAGAGGGCAGUCAGAGGCCCCCCGGGGAGCUCUCGUCUUGGGAGUGCAGGGGGGACCCUUCUUGGCCAGUCUCCCCAACCACAAGGGCCCGGCCAGGCCGGCGUUCAGAGCUGCUUCCCGUCUCUUCCCUCUCGGUUCCUUCCUUCUCAGACUCAGAAUCCUGGCCUCCCAUCCUCACUUCACUCUCGGGGGCCACGUCUGUUCCCUUCCUCACUCCCCCCCUUCCCCCCAGCUGACAACAGACUGAAG